GUCGGAGUCCAGGGACAGGGAACCGCAAGAGGCUCCUGUGCCUGGAGACUUGUCUGCAGAGGACGCGCUCAGACUACAAGCCAGGCCCAGCGAAGGCAGCAACCUUGGGUUUGGUGAGUGGUUAGACGAGGACGCCUGGGUUCCUGAAGAGUUACCUCCCACCAGUGACAGUGGACAGUGGGAGCGCUUGAGGGCCCAGACCAGCAGGCGCGGCACAGCAGCUUCCUCGGACGAGGCAGAGGCCAGCGAGGAGCGAGAAGAACCCAGCAGUGCUGCGCGGGUGAUACCGCCUACAGAGGCGGGACACACCGAGCCAGCAAGAAGCGGGGCUUCAGUGGUUACGCUCACACACCAGCCAACAUCACUGUGGGACUCCGAAAGUGAAGGCGAGAUCAAGCAGGAGGUCAAGAAAGAGGAGCAGUCCGGAAACACCUCGGAUUGGGAAAGUGAAAGCUCAGAGGAGCACAGCACUGACCCGGAGGAUCCGAACGGUGUGCAGUCUGCCUUGAAGAAGGCCGACAGGGCACGUGAAAGGCGGGAACAAGCAAAGCGGCACAAGCAGCCGCCGCCGGAGCCAUCUGAGCCUCCGCGUGCCAAAGCCCGCCCAUCGGUGGGGCGCUCGAGUGCGGGGGCCGCCUCGAGCUGGGACCUCGAAAGUCGGGCCUCCUCUGUGGGCUGGCGACGGCAGGUGACGCCGAGCUUUGACAACAGAGUCACAGAGGAGGACACAGAGAACGAAGAGAGGAGUGACGAGCAGUGGAGCCGCCAAGAUCGGGAGCGAGAUCGGCUUUGGAACGAGUGGUACAGAGCGAGAGGAACGGGAGGCUGGCACCAGUGGCAAGGCUCUUGGUACCAGUCCUCAGGAGCGGGUUGGCACUUAGCAAAUCCCUCGUUUCCGAGUGACAUUGCACAGUGGAGCACAGCGCUUCACCAGUGGGAAGCUGAACUUCGAGAGUUUGAGCGUACGUACAACACAGCGUUUUCAGAAGAUGAGAAAGUGUCCAUUUUGGCUCAUAUUGCACCGAAAGAGUUGCAGCAAAGCAUCUUCAUGCACAGUGAUGUGUUGAACGGAUACGACAAGAUAAGAGAGUACAUCGAACAGUAUCUGAUCAAUAGAAACCUGUGGAAAAGGCCUCAAGGUUCACAGUUCGGGAUGCCCAAAGCCUCAAACAAAACUGCUGAGCAUGAUGAUGGGGGAGUGAGGCCUAUGGACAUCGGCGGAGUAAAAGGAGACAAAGGCAAAGGGAAAGGAGAAUGGAAGAAAGGAAAGGACCACUGGGGCGACAAAGGAAAGGACAACUGGAGCAACAAAGGAAAGGACAAAUGGAAGGAGAAGUGGAACAACAACAGGUGGGACAACAACGGCAAAGGGAAAGGUAAGGAUGGGAAGAAAGGCAAAACCGACAAGGGAAAAGGAGCAGGCAACAACAACAAAGGAGGCAAAGGAAAGCAAAACGAUGGGAAAGGAAAGAACAACAAUCCGCACGCUGGAAAGCAGUGCCAUAUAUGCCACAGGCAUGGUCACAUUGCUGCAGACUGCUGGUGGAAGGUUGGAGCAGUCGACAACGAGGCCUACACCGAGACCGGUGGGACGGGUGCAUCGACUGCCCCAGAAGACCGGAGUGGCAACGGUGCAGGGAUUGGUUCUGUGUUUGAAGGUUCGCAGCGUGUUGUCAAGUGGAGUGAUGAAGAUGUGAUAUUCACUGUGAGUGAGAGUUCCGUCGCAGCUGUGACUGCAAAACAGCUAGGCAACCGGUAUCUUCUCAUCGACUCAGGAGCCUGUGAGAGUGUAGCAAAAGUAGGAGACUUUGAAGCACAGGUGGAUGCCUCGAAAGCGAAGCCUUUGUUCAGCGUGCAAGGGACGCCGCUUAAGGUGUAUGGAAAGCAGUACCCUCAGGUCAUGUUCGGACAAACCAAAGGAGCAGUAGAAAUGACCGUAACGGAUGCUGCUGAGAGCCUAGUUUCGGUUCACAGCUUGGUAGCGAGAGGACACAAGGUGGUUUUCAGCCCAGGAGGGUGUUUCCUCGAGACCAGCGCGGGUGACACCGUACCACUUGAGCUUCAUGGGAAAAGGUGGUACUUGAAAGUGAUGGACGUGGGCGAAGGGAGCGCGCCUGCAGGAGGAUGGCACAACAGCCCAAGAAAGCGUUUGUUUGCGCCAAAGAUCAAGGAUCUUCCUGUGCCCUUGGAGAGACUGGAGAGUGGAAGGCUCACCAAGAUGAUCUUCGAGGAGGAUGGGUCCCAGAAGGAAGAUCGGAGUGCGUGGGAAGACAAGCGCUUUGCAAUGAGGGAUAUGAAGCAUGCUUGGCUGGGAGAAACCUGGUUCAGGCUGAAGCCAGAAAGAGAAGAAGCAGCUGCUGAGGAAGAGCAGCCAGACUAUGAAGGCGAAUGGAUGCAAGGACUAGACGAGGCAUAUGAAGAAGAGAUUGCGCAAGGAGAGGAAGCUCAUGGAGGAGUUGUGGAAGACGACGAAGACGCAGUGGAUCGGCUGAUGAUAGAUGAGGACAGAGAAAGAGACCAGAGCAAGGUCAUCAAGGCGCCGAAGGAGCCGUCGGCUCAGGAGGUGGAAGAACACAACCUCCACCAUGCCAACUUCGAGAGUUGGUGCCCUGUUUGUGUGAUGGGGCAAGGUAAGAGCAAGCAGCACAGGAGGGUCAAGGAAGACCCCAAGGAGCAUGUGAUCUACUCCGACUACAUGUUCUUUUCUGGAGAAGGCAAGGAAGUGAACAAAGAAGAAGGAGAAAAGAAGCGGGCUGGUUUGGUAACCGUUCUCACUGCAAUUUGCAAAGAGAGCCAGUACCCUUUCGCGCUGGUGUUGCCAUCCAAAGCCAGCGUGGACUACGCAAGCAAGGCAAUGAUCAGCUGGAUCAAGGAUCUGAAGUGGGACAAGGUAGUGAUCCAUUUCGACCAAGAAAGCGCUCUGAACAAGAUAUAUGAAAGGGUGCAGAAGGAAAUGGGUGACACCGUUACUCUGCGGAGAUCACCGCGAUACAGUUCACAGUCCUUAGCAGAUGGAGAGAUGGUCAACGGUUUUCUGGCAGGCAAGAUUCGCACAUGGCUUGCGGAGGUGUCAGAGAAAUACAAAGUCAAGAUUGGCUGUGACAGUGUCUUGUUUCCAUGGAUUGUGCGACACAGUGCGUGGACGGUGGCACGGUUUCACAUCAACCAUUCGAAGACAACGGCGUUCAGAGUCAUCAAUGGGUUUGACUAUGUGGGUGAGAUGAUGACUUUCGGACAGGUGUCCUUAGCAAAAUUUCCGAAGCAAAAGGACAAGGCAGCUCCAAGAUGGAUUCGCGGAGUGUAUGCCGGAAAGAAUGCUGCAGGAGAUGAGCACUUGGUGCUUACAGAGUCAGGGGUGCAGACAUGCCGCACUGUGAGGAGGUUACCAGAAAGUGCAAGAUAUGAAGCGGCGAUACUCAACAAGGCAAAGGGAGUGCCUUGGAACAGGUACUUGGGCAUUGCAACGAGCAAGGUAGUGCAAGAACGGUCUGAGAGCAAGGGUGUAGCAGUUCCGGAGUUGGAGCCUGCAGAGACCUACGACUUCAAGCCAGAGACGAUAGUGGUGCCAAUGCCGGCGCCAAGAGCAGCAGACGAUGCAGGAAAGGAAAGUGAGAAAGCUGCAUUGCAAGAGCCAGAGAGCAAGAGAGCCAGGGUGGAGCCUGCGCAGGCCAGUCGGCCGCCGGGUGACACCGGGAAUGCUGCAGCUAGCACGCAGCAGUUCAACAUCGCUACGCCUGAUGCCAGCAUGGGCACAGACAGUCUCGACACGAGCAUGUAUGUGCCAAGCGUGCCGGGAGAUGUAGCGCAGAACAUGGUGGACAGUGUUAGUAACCAUGGGACCUGGCUGGAGGGUAGUGCUCUCCUACCAAAAGAAGAUGUGGGUGUGUACAAGAAGUGGCUGAAGCAAAACAAAGAUUGCUUCAACGAGACAAUGGUGAGCAACAUCAUGGACUACCUGGACACGUUGCAGAUUGACGAGAAAGAGUUGAGGAGAGCGAGAAAGGAAGAGCUGAGAAAGCUAAAUGAGGUGUACGGUGCCUUCACACCGAGAGAUGGGAGACAGAUAACAAAGGACCUGACGGUGUUCGGCCACAAGUGGGUUGACAAGGUCACUGAAGGACAACCAGUGAUGAUGAAGCCGCCAAAGGAAUGGCUGGAGGAAUACGAUGAGUGGUACGCAAAAGCAAGCCCAGAAAUGCAAGAGCAGAUGAAGAACGUGCCGAAAGAAAGCGUGCUAUGGCAGGUCGAUGGAAAUCUGUAUGGAAGGCAGUCAGCGGCAGCGCAGUACAGAGAUCGUCUGGAAACCAUUUUGACCAAGGAACUCCCGAAGGGAGUGUAUCAGUUUCACAGGGGGACACUAGACGCAUGUGUCUUUCGAUGCGUGCGAACAGGGAUCGUUUUGAUCCACCACAUAGACGAUUUCGACGUUUGUGGACCGGCAGAGUUGCUGGAUGACCUGCUGAAAGUUCAGCUGCCGAAGUGCGGAUGCAAGCUAAAAGUGGGUGAGCUUGAAUGGCCAGGCGCAGCAAGCAGUAGCACGAGUGAAUUUCUUGGCAGAAAGAAGAUCCUGGUGGAGGGAGCUGUGGUUACGAUGCCGAACGAAAAGCAUACCACUGACAUCCUUAGGAUGCUAGGACUAGAGGCCGCCAAGCCAAGCCCCGUGCCGGGAAAGAAGCUCAACCUAAAGGAUGACAAGCUUCUGGAGGGCAGAGCCAAAGAAAUCUACGCUAGCUGUGUAGGCAGUGCUACCUACCUGUCGCAGGAUCGACCCGACAUCAAAUUCGCAUGCAAGGAGCUUGCAAAGCGGAUUAGGAAUCCCAGGGAAUGUGACAUGCAAAACCUCAAGACGUUAGGUAGAUAUCUCAGGGGAACCAUGCACGUGGGACAUGUGACAAAGAUGAGUAAAGACUUCGAACCAGACCUAGUUUUCGUGCGGAACUUAGGUGUGGAAGACUUUGGCAUGACGAUCGAUGUGCCAAGACUGUUUUGUGACAGUAGUGCAGCCAUCCAAGUUGCACGGAGAUUGGUGUUGGGAAAAUGCGACAUGUUGAUCUGGGACAUUUCUACAUUCAAGAGCUUGUGA